AUGGGACGUGAUCAUCAUCGUAAUCAAGCGGCCGACGGUCUGGUGCUUCUGUUGAUGAAAGCUCACCAUGAUCUCGCAGCGGUUCAGUCCAAGCUUGAGAAGGAAUUUCAACAAACUUACCCAGACAAUGCAAAUCCUGUCAAGCUGGUUAAUAGGAUAAAGAAGAUACAGGAGGAGGUUUCAGGGCUAAAGGAGCAGUGCGGCGAGCUUCUUGCUGCAAAACAGGAGUUGAUUGAUAAAGCACGCACGGUUCUUCUGGGGAACAACAUUGUAAUACAAAGGAUGCAAGUAUCAACUGGCAUUUCUCCAACUACUGUUGAUGAGGAUCCUGCAUUUGCUGACUUCAAUCAGGUCAUUGAUGAGUGGAGUACACAAGUCCGAUCAGGAACUGGAAACGUUGGAGAUGAUUCUGAAGGCCAGGACAUAAACCAAUUGCUCUUCUCUACCAUUGUGCAAAGCAACGACUAA